AUGGAAGCAGAGCCAUUAUCCCCGAGCACGCCGCAUGCCCCGAACCAUGACUCAAUGGUCACGGUUGCGUUGUCCGAUAAACAAUCCAAUUCAGAACACACCCAGCCGGAGUGGUGCACCCUCAACGUACCCCCGACCCCAUCAGAAAUAACCCCGGAGAGCGAGGAGUCUUUUGGCCCGGUGCCACUUCAGGACGCAGCGCGGACCACACCAACUCCCGAAGACGACAUGCCGGGCGCGAGCGGCGAGCGACAAGAACCCGACAUGUCCGACAAUGAGGUGGACUGGGAGAACCUCGAUAAGACGGAAGAACAAGAGCCGCGCGGGGAGGGAUCUGAUGAAUCGACCGCUCUCCUUCUCGCCCGACUUGAACAAGAGAACAACGCUUUAGCCACGAACCCGAAAUCGAGGAUACCCGAUAUUCCGGAAAAUAAGAGACACCAGCGACAGUCUCGCUCCGCAUCGCUGCACCACAUUAAGCGACUCAUUAAGGACCCGACGAGGGCGGAGCUGCGAUACUCGCAGCUGCCACCCCCUCCAAUGACCGAGUUGGAAUUCUGGGCUGCCCUGGUCGCUGACUACCACCAAACCGCGCAAAGGCUGCCUACAUUAACAUCAAACAAGAUCCAAGGAGGUGUGCCUCCCCCAUUGCGAGGCGUGGUGUGGCCCAGUCUAGCGGGCGCACGCGAUCCCACUCUUUUAAAUGAGUUCCAAAGACUCCAGGGAGAAAGCAGCCCCUACGAUGGGUUAAUAGGGAAGGAUAUUGGCCGCAGCUUUCCCAAUGUGGAGAUGUUCCGAGAUCCGAAUGGGGAAGGCCAACAGAUGCUCUUCCGAGUCUUGCGCUGUUUCAGUCUCUAUGACACCAAGAUUGGAUAUUGUCAAGGCCUUGGGUUUGUGGUUGGCCCUCUUCUGAUGCACAUGACAGAUGCCGAAGCUUUCUGUGUGCUCGUUCGUUUGAUGGACCACUACAACCUCCGGACUUGCUAUCUUCCGGAUCUCUCGGGUCUUCACCUUCACGUGUAUCAGUUCCAGAACUUGUUGGCGCGUCACAGACCCGCCCUGUUUGAACAUUUAGAGUCACUGCAUGUUGAACCUGUAUAUGUAUCGCAGUGGUUCCUGUCAUUCUUUGCUGUGGCAUGUCCACUUCCCAUGCUCCUUCGAAUCUACGAUGUGAUCUUCUUGGAAGGUGCCUGUGAGACAUUGAUGCGUGUUGCGCUUUCCUUGAUGCAGCGCAACGAGAAGAGAAUCUUGGCAUGCACUGAGUUCGAGGACGUGAUGCAAUUGCUUUUGUCCCGAAGCUUGUGGGAUACGUAUGCUUUCAAUGCUGAUGAUCUUGUGAAUGACUUUGUGUCUCUUACGUCCCUUGUCACCAACGAGAGCCUUCAAACGCUCGAAGCCAGCUAUAACCGGUCGACGAGCCCUUCAGCUGGAGUUUCUGCGUCACAAAUGCAAGCCACAGCCUCUGGGUUCCUUGGUCGUCUAUGGGCUGGCUCCUCGAACAACCACACAUCGGUCAAGUCGCUCAACCCGAACACCAGCCCAUCACGCACAAAUAGCACUGUUCGUAGGUCGACCUCUAAGCAAAGCUUGACAUCUACCCUGAACUCCAUCGAGACCAUCUCGGAUGCCAGCACGGCGGCCACCGAUAUGUCCUCGACAACAGCAAGUGAUAGCCAGAAGACGCGCGUGAAGUCUUCCAUGUCCUCGCACCACAAAGACCGAGAUCUUCACACUCAGAUUGAAGACUUGCUGAUGGCGCUCAGCGAUCUCCAGCGCCAACAAGCCGAUCUCACCCGCGAACUUCAACAGGAGCGAGAGGAACGGGAGGAGGAUCAUGCAUUGGCCAAGGAGAUGCUGAACCAGCUUCGAGAACAACCAGAUAAUGCGGCAUCGGAAGAAGUGAUCACCGCCGCCACAGCCCGCUUUGAGUCAGCCAAGCCCAGGCGGAUUUCCAUCACCGAGACCAAGCUUCAACUUAAUGACGAACUCACUCGGUGGAAGCAAAUGCAUCAAGUGGAGGCUGGCCGCUGCCUGAAUCUUUCCCGACGGAUCGACGACUUUGAGCAGGAGAACUCUUCCCUGAAGGAGCAACUCCGGGAGGCCCGUGGUCGCAUUCAGGACGGUUAUCGUGACCGACAGCGACUCGAGCGCCUGAACCGGGAGUUGCGUACCCUCAAAACCCCAGAUUCUUCCACGCCACCAGACACUGCGCCCUCCUCUGCAGUCGAUGAGGCACAGUCUCCCACUAGCGGUCUCCGCGAGCUCAAACUUGCCCGCAACAACUCCACCAAGACCAAAACCCCCACCUAUAACAAACGUACCAGUAGCCUUGGGCUGCAGACCGUCUUGUCGACAGAGAACAACAAGCCGGCUGCAGAUGAAGCGCUGCUCAUGGAGCUGGUCAACGCCAAAACCGCCGAGGCGGUGGCUCAACAGGAGCUUGAAGAAGUCAAAGGCAAACUUGACUCAUUAAGAAAGAUGAUCAGCGCCAAUCAAGGAGCAAAGGUUGAUAAUCGCCAUUCGUUGAUGGGAUUGUCAGCGUCGCGAAUCAACAUGGCCAAUCAAUCUCCACCCGAAGCCCCCAAGACACUGGGGACGCCUCCUAAUAAUGGAGGAGGGUUCUUCAGCGGUUGGGGCAGGCGAGCGGCGACCAGCGAGUCCCUCUCAUGA